ACUGUCUUACUCGCAGGUACAGGCACUGACGUGAUCCCCGCCUCUAGUACAUUUUCAUGUUAAAGCCUUUCCAUAACCUAUAGCAAUCUCCUUUAUAAUCUCUGCCGUAAAAUCCGGAGUCAUUUACAUAAACUACAUGAUAAAGAUCAUAUUUUCCAUUCCUAUUCUUUUAUGUCCCCAAACAAGCUCUUCCAAUUGGCCGUUUGAAUUGAUUGGAAUUAUUGCAAAUUGAAAUUGACAGAAACUGUAUUGCAAUUCCUGGCUUUUCUACGCCAUUCCAUUGUGGUUGACUAUUUUGGUAAUCGAGAAUAAAUUGUUUGGAGAAAAUGGGGACUGGCCGGAGCCAAUUCACUGAUGAAGAACUUCAGGAUUACCAGGACUUGACGUAUUUUACAAAGAAGGAAGUUCUAUAUGCUCACCAAAAAUUCAAAGCGCUGGCCCCUGAAAAAGUAGGACACAACAGAAAUGCAAAAUUACCAAUGUCGAAAAUCCUUCUCUAUCCAGAACUUCGAGUUAACCCAUUUGGAGACAGAAUUUGCAAAGUCUUCAGUUCAAGUCAGGAUGGCGACUGUACGUUUGAGGAUUUUUUGGAUAUGACAUCUGUGUUUAGUGAUGCUGCACCCAAAGCUGUAAAAGCUGAACAUGCCUUCAGAAUAUUUGGAUAAUUUCAGACGUGUUGCCGCAAGUUGGCUGGCCAUACGCACCACACUCGAAUUAAUUAGUCGCAAAAAGGCCCAGGAUUACUCCAUAUUAGUGUUUUAUUUCUUUGUAUUAUUUUUUCGUUAAC